UAUGCAUCCUAUUUUGCUCGCUUUGUGAUAAACCUCCAUCACGAUUUGACCUCACGAUAAUUAAUCAAAUUUAAGCCCAGGAACCAAAUCCACAUCCGAGUUUCCGUGUAUAUCAGAAAAGUAACUCGGCAACUUUACCACAUGCCGUCAUUUUUGUAACUCGUUUUCUCUUGUCCCCCGCAUUUUACUAUCAAUGAUUUGAUGCAACCUUGUCUUACACUAAAAAUCUUAGACAGCCUUGGCUUUGUGAAACCUCCCGGUCCCUUGGUUGGAGCAGAGAGAGAAGCACGCAAUAACUCAAAAUUUGACCUCAACUGCCAACCGACCCUCUCUAAUUCGGAUUGCGCCCAAAAAGAAAGAAGUUCAAUUAAUCCCCUUCAAUCAAUUGAAUCACUUUAGUCUAUUCAAUCCAUUCAAUCCAUGGUUUGAUCAGUUAAAACUAUCGAGCAAAUUGCUCAUCGAACCUUACUUCAACACAUUGCCCCUUCGAUACAUUAACUCCGAUUCCAUCUCCCUACCACCACUGGACGCCCUGUUUUGACGUUCGCUUUAUCCACCAUUUCUAAAUAUUUCACCAUAGCAUGGUCAGUAUGGCGUCAAAUCGUGACGAAUCAGUGGCCAUGCGCCAUAAUGUUGAGCGGGAUUUAGAGCGGUCAAGAAAGAAUACUUCAAAGGAGGACAGUCGCGACUUUUGUUUAGCAACGAAACAACAAACGAAUCGCGAUAACCUCGAACCUGAUAUUGUUGAAUCUGGAGAACCACUUUCAAUGGAGGGCAACUGCAGAGCCGAUCACGAUCAUUCCGAUCCGACCAUUACCAUAUCCUCUACAAGUAAAUUGGCCGGUCAAACUGUUGCGCCAUUCCUUGCGAAACAUAUUCCAGAACAAUACGCUCCUCUUGGACCCCCACAAACCACUUCGACUUCACGAAAAGAUCCAAAUACCAAAUACUGUUAUCGACAUCGACCUGAUUCAAAAUGUCGAAGGACCGCAGAUGAACCUACAAUGGAGAACUUACAAAGGGUGCGUCACGCAGUCUACCCCUCUACAAAUCGAUACAUCUACUGACAUGAUAAAAGGAACUCGAAAGUUUGUCGCAAUCAGAUCAACAAGGAAUAUCUCAUGUUUGGACACUCUUCUCUGCUGCACCUUCAAAACAUCGAAACCUUAUGCUCCAGGGCAUCCUAUCACAAUGCUGUUUCCCGCAGCUAUCCUACCUCUCCUGCGCGGUCAAGAACCUCAUUCGAAUCGACUUCAUCACCGCUCUACCUUCCGAAAUCUCCUUCAAAAUCCUUUGUUAUCUCGAUACAACUUCCUUAUGUAAAGCUGCUCAAGUUAGUAGGCAAUGGCGAAUCAUGGCGGACGAUGAUGUAGUGUGGCAUAAAAUGUGUGAACAACAUAUUGAUAGGAAAUGUACAAAGUGUGGAUGGGGUUUACCAUUAUUGGAACGGAAAAGAUUGAGGGACUGGAAACGACAACAACAACUGAGAGCUACAGGUCUUGGUCUUAAUGACCGGUUACCUCAAACCAUACCCAUGCCAGACACUUCGCGCAGUAUGGAAAGAAGUGUGGUGACAUUGAAUGCUUCGGGAAAGAGAUGUGCUACUGAGUUAGAGUGUUCAGUGGAAGGUUCGAAGCGGCAACGUACCAACCCGGAGGAUUCAUAUCUUGGAAGACCAAAGUUUAGACCAUGGAAGGAUGUAUACAAGGAUAGGUUCAAGGUAGGAACGAAUUGGAAAUAUGGUCGAUGCUCAUUGAGAAUAUUUCGAGGCCAUCGGAAUGGUGUUACUUGUUUACAAUUCGACGAUAAUAUCCUCGCUACGGGAUCAUAUGAUGCCACCAUCAAAAUUUGGGAUAUCGAAACGGGAGAAUGUUUACGAACUUUACGAGGUCACACAUCUGGAAUUAGAACUUUACAAUUUGACGAUACCAAACUAAUUAGUGGAAGUCUUGAUAAAAGUAUUCGAGUUUGGAAUUGGCGUACUGGAGAGUGUAUGUCUUCUUAUCCAGGUCAUACUGAUGGAGUUGUUGGCCUUCACUUUGAGGGAAAUAUUCUUGCCUCAGGCUCUAUUGAUCGAACCGUUAAAGUCUGGAACUUUGAAGAUAAAUCUACAUUCGGUUUACGGGGUCACAAAGACUGGGUCAAUGCCGUCAAGGUCGACUCUGCUUCAAGGACUUUGUUUUCUGCUUCUGACGAUUGCACCAUUCGCCUCUGGGAUCUUGAUACUCGACGUACGAUUCAGACCUUCGAAGGUCAUGUGGGUCCGGUUCAACAAGUCACUAUUCUUCCAGCAGAGUACGAAUUUGAUGAUGUAGAUGUUGAAGAAGCAGAUGAUGGAACAUCAAGUACAGCGUCGUCAACGGAACUCAAUCGCCCCAUAGGAGAAAGUUGUUCUUCCUCCCAAACCUCUCCACUCUUCGACUCCUGGCCAGCAGGUCGUCCUCGUCCACCCCGCUACAUUCUUACGGGCGCCCUAGAUAAUAAUCUUCGUCUCUGGGAUGUAUCAACCGGUCGCUGUCUCAAAACUCUUUUUGGCCAUGUGGAGGGUGUAUGGGCACUUGCAGGUGAUACAUUGAGAGUUGUGAGUGGUGCUCAAGAUAUGAUGACGAAAGUUUGGGAUGCUAGGACGGGAAAAUGCGAUAGGACGUUUACGGGUCAUAGAGGACCGGUCACGUGUAUCGGUUUGAGUGAUAGUAGGAUGUGUACGGGAAGUGAGGAUUGUGAGGUUAGACUUUAUAGUUUCAAGGGAGAUAUGGAAGAGACGGUCGAUACGGGAUUUAUUGAGGAAGUUGCACAGUGAGUGUAAGAUGAGACUGUGGGUUGCGCUGCUAUUAUCAUGGUUUUGGGUGCAAUUUUUGUCGACGGAAUGGCUGGUUAUUGAUAUCCAUGGAUGGGAGUGUAAGAUACCUUUUUGCGAUGUUUAUUUCUUAUUUUCGAAGAUGUUUCCACGCAAACGACAGUCGGAAAACAUCAGAUGGAAUUAACGCUGGAUAUAAACUGGAGUCUGCGUAUUGGAGUCUGGGAAUUUGGUGGAAUGAAAAUCGAUAUGAUUCAUCUCUGGCUGAAUGGAUCUGAGCAGUAUAAAUGGACUUGGGUCUGGCGUUUGAAAUAUUUGAAUGGACACCAUGAGAAUAUUGAAAAAUUUUAAUUAUAUUCAAAGAUGAAUGCGCAGAUAACGGAUAGGGAUAGAUGGGUAGGAAAGAUACCUAGGUACAUAAAUAUGUUUGUAUUGCUCCUAGACCCAUGUCAUGGUUGUAUGGUGGGUGGGUAGACGCAUGGAUGGCUUAGAUAAACGUCCGGAGCGUGAGAAGGAGAGCGUUGGGAGUGGAUAGAAAGAGCAUUUAUUGUCUAUCUACCACAUGGUUGUGCAAUUAAUAUAAUGGAACGAAAUUGAUGCAAUUAUUCUCAG